CUCCGCCCAGUGCGUGAGUGAGUGUGGACUGGAAGAUAACAGUGGAAACUGGGCAGGGUCUGCCUGCACAUGAAAGCAGUCUCUGUGCGUGCGCAGUCUACUUUCUCUUCUGAGAGAUGAUACGCCGCUGCGAGCCUUUAACUGCGCUUAACUUCCACUGGCCGUGACAUUUCUGUCCUCUGUGGGCGUUUCUGCGCGGAUACCGGCGCUGGUGCUCAACUUCGGGAAGUAUGUGGAUGUGUUGUGUGCGCUGAGGAGGAAUGCGCGGAUCUGGUGCCUUUUCCUCUUUGGUGUUUUUCUCUUUCCACGGAACAGUGUCGUGACUUCAGCCAGCCCGUUGUGUCCAACAGAGGUAUCAGGUGUUUUAUGUGAGCGUGCAGUCGACUGCCAACAUGCAUGAUGAUGUGUAGCUGCACCCUUGCCUCUGACAGACUGUUUACCUGUGUUGAAACGGAGGACGGUUCGCACGUCGUGCCUGUGCAGAGGCUCCAUGGGUAACCGCCGUGCGUAACGCUGGCUCUCCAUGGAGGACUGGUGGAGGAGCCGCUCAUCGCAACCCACACUUUAAGACAGUGAGUGACCCUUGAAACAUGAUGAGUCAAGAGCACGACGGGAUAUCCUUACCGGUGCCUUGCUUCGGAGUUUGUCCCAACAGAGAGAGCAUCGGCGGGGAGAGCACCGGCAGCAGCAGCGGUGGAGGUGGCGGUACCUCCGGUGUCCCUGCAGCCGGGACUUACUGGCAGGACUCGGUGAUCAGCAGCGGGGGGCUUAGCCCGACCCCAGGGAGCUGUCCGAUGGACGGCGGGGGGUUGCUCUCCACCGGAAAGUCGUGCAAAAGCAGGCCGGUGACGGUGGCCUAUGUGGUGAACGGAGAGGCGAGCCCGCAGAUUAACGCGGAGAGCAUGGCCCUGCAGUGUCUGAGGGACGCCUGCGACACGGUGGGCAGCAAACUGGAGACGGUGAACUUUGGCAAACUGGACUUUGGGGAGACAACGGUGCUGGACAGCUUCUACAACGCAGACAUAGCUGUGGUGGAGAUGACGGACGCCUUCCGCCAGCCCUCGCUCUUCUACCACCUUGGAGUCAGAGAGAGCUUCAGCAUGGCCAACAACAUCAUCCUCUACUGCGACACUAACUCCGACUCCCUCCAGUCUCUGCAGGAGAUAAUUUGCCAGAAGAACACUACAUGCUCAGCCAACUACACCUUCAUCCCGUACAUGGUGACGCCCCACAACAAGGUGUACUGCUGUGAGAGCAGCCUGAUGAAGGGCUUGACGGAGCUAAUGCAGCCUAGCUUCGAGAUGCUGCUGGGACCCAUCUGCAUGCCGCUGCUUGACCGCUUCAUCCAGCUGCUCAAAGUGUCACAGGCAAACUCCCACCAGUAUUUCCGUGAGACGAUUCUGAACGAGAUCCGUAAGGCUCGGGAGCUGUACACUGGCCUGGAGCUGGCUGCCGAGCUGAGCCGCAUCCAGCAGCGGCUGGACAACGUGGAGUGCCUUUCCGUUGACAUCGUCAUCAACCUGCUGCUGACAUACAGGGACAUCCAGGAUUAUGAGUCCGUGGUGAAGCUGGUGGAGACUCUGGAGAAGCUUCCGACCUUUGACCCCGUCGCUCAUCCACAUGUGAAGUUCCACUACGCCUUUGCACUGAAUCGGAGGAACCUGCCAGGCGACAGACAGAAGGCUCUGGACAUCAUGCUGCCCCUGGUGGAGGGCGAGGAGCAGGUAGCCUCGGACAUCUACUGCCUGGUGGGACGGAUCUAUAAGGACAUGUUCCUGGAGUCUCACUUCACUGACACAGCGAGCAGAGACAGCGGCACACACUGGUUUAAAAAGGGGUUUGAGUCAGAGCCAACACUACACUCUGGGAUCAACUAUGCUGUUCUACUCCUGGCAGCUGGACACCAGUUUGACACGUCUUUCGAGCUUCGCAAAGUAGGAGUGAAACUGAGCAGCCUGUUGGGGAAAAAAGGCAGCCUGGACAAGCUGCAGAGUUACUGGGAUGUGGGCUUCUUCCUGGGCGCCAGCAUCCUGGCCUGCGACAACACCAGGGUCAUCCAGGCCUCCGAGAAACUCUUCAAACUUAAAGCCCCCAUCUGGUACCUGCGCUCUCUGGUGGAGACCAUCUUGAUCUACCAGCAGUUCAAGAAACCUGGCACGGAGCAGCCGGCCCCCAAGCAGGAGCUAGUGGACUUCUGGAUGGACUUUCUGGUGGAGGCCACCAAGAAAGAUGUCUCCUCCGUCCGGUUUCCUGUGUUGAUAUUAGAGCCCACAAAAGUGUACCAGCCUUCAUAUUUGUCCAUAAACAAAGACGUGGAUGACAACACGGUGUCUAUCUGGCAUGUUGCUCCCGAUGACAAGCACAAGGGGAUCCACGAGUGGAACUUCAGCGCCACAUCAGUACGAGGUGUCAGCAUCUCCAAGUUUGACGAGCGCAGUGCCUUCCUGUACGUGCUGCACAAUGCAGAGGACUUCCAGAUCUACUUCUGCACAGAGAUGCACUGUAAAAGAUUCUGCGAUCUGGUCAACAGCAUAGCAGAGGAGGCCUGGAAAGGUCCAGAGGAGGGAGAUUGCGACACCGACGCCUUAGAGUACGACUAUGAGUACGAUGAGCACGGCGAGAGGGUGGUUCUGGGAAAAGGCACAUUCGGAGUGGUGUACGCGGGCCGAGACCUCAGCAACCAGGUCCGACUGGCCAUCAAAGAAAUACCAGAGCGAGACAGCAGGUACUCUCAACCGCUGCACGAGGAGAUCGCUCUUCACAAGCACUUAAAACACAAGAACAUCGUCCAGUACCUGGGCUCCAUCAGCGAGAAUGGUUUCAUAAAGAUUUUCAUGGAGCAGGUGCCUGGAGGAAGUCUGUCUGCACUGCUGAGGUCCAAGUGGGGCCCUCUGAAAAACAAUGAGCCCACCAUCGGCUUCUACACGCGGCAGAUCUUGGAGGGACUCAAAUACCUGCACGACAACCAGAUAGCACACAGAGACAUCAAGGGUGAUAACGUUCUCAUCAACACCUACAGCGGUGUCCUGAAAAUAUCAGAUUUCGGCACGUCUAAGAGGUUGGCUGGGAUCAACCCCUGCACUGAGACUUUCACAGGUACGCUACAGUACAUGGCUCCUGAAAUUAUAGACAAGGGUCCUAGAGGAUACGGCAAGCCAGCGGACAUCUGGUCCCUGGGCUGCACCAUCAUCGAGAUGGCAACUGGCAAACCACCUUUCUAUGAACUGGGAGAGCCGCAGGCUGCCAUGUUCAAGGUGGGCAUGUUUAAGAUCCACCCAGAGAUCCCAGAGUCCAUGUCGCUGGAGGCUAAAGCCUUCAUCCUGCGUUGUUUUGAGCCCGACCCAGACCGCCGUGCUACUGCCCUUGACCUGCUCACGGACGAGUUCCUCACAGUCACCAGCCGCAAGAAGAAGAGCAAGAGCAGCUUCACAGCUCUGUCACCGGGGUCUGAGUACCUCCGCAGUAUCUCGCUACCGGUGCCUGUGGUGGUGGAGGACACCAGCAGCAGCAGUGAGUACGGCUCCGUCUCCCCUGACAACGACCUCAACACCAACCCCUUCAUCUUCAAGCCUAGCGUGAAGUGCUAUAGUGAGAAGGAUGUCAAGGGGCCCAGGUCCCUCUUCCUCAGCAUCCCAGUGGAGAACUUCGAGGACCACAGUGCUCCUCCAUCUCCAGAUGAAAAGGACUCAGGCUUCUUUAUGCUUCGGAAGGACAGCGAGAGACGAGCCACGCUGCACCACAUCCUGACUGAGGACAGGGACAAGGUGGUGGCCAACCUGAUGGAGGCCCUCACACAGGGUUCUGAAGAAAUGAAGCUGAAGCCCCAGCACAUCUCCACCCUCGUGGUCAGCCUGGCCGACUUUGUUCGCAUGGCGGACAGGAAGAUCAUCGCAAACACGUUGUCUCAACUGAAGCUGGAGCUGGAUUUUGACAGCACCGCCAUCAGUCAGCUGCAGGUCGUGCUGUUUGGCUUCCAGGAUGCUGUAAACAAAAUGCUGAGAAACCACAACAUCAAGCCUCACUGGAUGUUCGCUCUCGAUAACAUCAUCCGCAAAGCUGUGCAGACCGCCAUCACCAUCCUGGUGCCAGAGCUGACGCCUCACUUCAGCUUGGCCUCAGAGAGCGACCCGGCUGAGCAGGAGGACGUUGACGACGACACUGAGCAGGGAAUAAACUCCACCCACCAGAGCCGGGCACCUCCUGUCGCCGCUCAUGACGACACCGUGGCCACCUCUGGAGUUAGCACGCUCAGCUCCACCGUCUCACAUGAGUCCCAUAAUGCACAGCGGUCCGUGAGCAUGGAGCUGGGCCGGAUGAAGCUGGAGACCAACAGGCUGAUGGAGCAGCUGCUGGAGAAGGAGAGGGAGUAUCAGGCCAUCCUGCAACAAGUGCUGGAGGAGAGAGAGCAGGAGAUCAGACUACUGAGGCUGCGAUCUGAGCCCGCAGACGUCUCCACAUCAGGUGGUCCAGAUGAACAGAUGAGUCCACCUGCAGAGAGACAUGAGGACUCAGAGCUGACCAGCUGGCUGAGGCUUUACGGAGCUGACCAGGACUCCAUAGACAGAAUACUGAACGAGGAGUACACGUUGAGCGACAUCCUCCACGAUGUAACAAGAGACGACCUGAAGAGUUUAAGACUGAGAGGUGGGAUCCUGUGUAAACUAUGGAAGGCCAUCACAGACUACAGGCAGAAGCCAACCUGAGGCCUUAAGUGGCAACAACCACUCAGAGAAUCCAGGGCGUUUGUCCCCCAACAACACAGUAUUCUCCUCUUUACCUCAGUAUUUAUAAGAGCAAGACUUUUAGGAGAUGAAUCUGUGUUUGCCGUGUGCACAGAGCAGCUUUCCAACCACACAAGAAACUCCUUGACUGGUCUUGUUGGAGUAUUUUUGUACAUUUUGGAAGAAAAAACACAGGAUUUGACUUACGGAGCAACAAUUACUUAUAACUGAGAAGUGCCACUAGUUUUGCUAUGCCGGACGGACAUUACACAUUUUUUUUGUUACAGGUGCGUUCAAAAAGACAAUUGGUGAGAAAAUCUGUUGUUAAAAUCUUGAAAACUGUCAAAACAUUUUCUCUGUAAUGUUUACAAAACUGGAGACUGACCGUUUUCUAACACAAGCCUGAGAUACAAAAUACUACAUUCAAAAUCGUGUGUACUAAUGUUUUUAUCAUAGGCAUCCUAUCACUACUUUAUUUAAGUGUAUUUUUAAUUUAAUUGUUAUGGUAAUCUGAAGGAUGUCAGUGCAUGCCCUGUUUUCAUUUUUAUCCAUACUGAGACUUAUUUAAUUUUUUGUUUUUCACAUUUCCUUUUAUAAUACGAAUCAACAAUUUUUUUUUAUUUUUCAGAAACAUGUAAAUAUUGCGUUAUAGAAUUCUAUGUGAACGACAUUUAUGUGCUUUAAAGAUGCAUUGAAAAGCAGUUUAAAUCUCCAUGUGGAUCAGACCGAGUCUACAAUGAACACGUGAAAAAUUGAUUGUAUAAUAUUGUAUUUUCUAGUGUCAUAAAUCAUAGGAGAAAAUAAUAGUAAUUGAUAUUACAUCAGAUCAUUUGCUCUGUUUUUACUGUUGUACACUGACAAAAAUGUGCUUAUCUUGCUUGUGUAGAUAUGUUCAUUCAAUCGGCUGUAUGUUGUGAUGAAAAAAAUCUGACAUGCAAGCAGUUUUCAUAUGGAAGAGCCUUGACCUUUUUUUAUUUUAAAACCAUGAUGUCAGAAAUGGGGAACAUAAUCAUGAGCUGUGUGUCCAUUUUGUUUCAUAUCUAAAUUUAUUCAAGAUUUUUGUGUCACAUUGUUAAAAUAAAACUUUUCAUCUUGAAACUGUGAAAGAA